AUGGGCGCCGCCCCCAGAUCUCCUGACCCAGGAGACAACAAGCACAAGAAAUCUUCUUCUGCUUCUCCCUAUACCACCACCACCACCACUUUCAUUAAUAAACCCUCCAAAUCCUCCAUUAAAUCCUCCAACACUACCACUGCCAACCCUAAGAUUCCAGCGCGUCAGCCUACGCCCGCUACUUCUGAUAAUAAAGGCGACAACGACGCCCAUUCGGCAUAUCAGAGUCCAGGUCCCGGGUUUAACCAUACCGUCGCGAACAUACCUGGUAUCGGAUUGGUUUACAACGGCGGACAUUCCAACCCCGUGCACGGCUUCAACCCAGCCGCUGGUCCUCAACCACCAGUGCAUCAUCAAACUCCUGGAAUUACUCCUCCUCAAGUCUUGCCACCGGGUUUUACCCAGAGCCCUUUUCAGUCUUUCCCUCAAUUUGGUCCUGUAAGCAACAACCAAACCCCAGCCAUGGCAUACACUACCGGCUCCAUGCCCAACCAGGGCCAGCACUUCCAGCCACCCGUGCCUGACACCACUUACGGUCCCAUCCCGCACACUUAUCAUCCCCGCUUCGAUAACAAGCCCUCUCCCGGCCAGUAUGUGAUGAUUGAAGGCCAGCUCUACGUUGUCGCUGCUGGUCCUCCUGGCCCUCCCGGCGGUGCACAAGUUCAAUAUGUGCCCAUGCAACAGCAGCCGCAGUCUGGUGUUGGCGCACCUAUCGUGAUCCAGCAAGGUUCCCAGCAACCCAUCUUCGUCCAAGGCCAGCCAGGUUUCCCCGCAGUUCCGAUGGCCGCCCAGCCAGCCGCAUUCCCUGCAAUGGUGGCUCCGCCCGGAACCCCGAUAGUCAUUGGAGGCCCCCCUGAUAUCAUGGCCCCCGGUUCUGCUCCGGACGUGAUGGGAAUUGGCAAGACCGCAACCGAGGUUCAGAUGGAACAGUACCACACAGCUCUGAACACCGGGGCUCUCGAGGGCCAGGACAUCGCCCCUGCCGAUCCUGACCCGUCCCGUAUGUACUAUUGCCGAGAGCUUGAUGGUGCAUGGACUCUGCGUAACCGUUUCUGUAUCGAUCACAUGGGUGACUGUCGUUGGUACGUCAAGCCUGGCGGUAUCUUUUAUGCCGUUCGCUUGGCCGACUGAAGGGUGUUUACUGGUAAGAUUCUUGAAUAUCUCGAAAUUGUAUAUAUGUUAGCUAAUAUAUCCAGGCAUUGCUCGGCUCUUCCCGCUUUUAUGCGAUACUUUAAUACCUUCUUCUACGAUGCGUUGUGUUUCUCGAUGACUUUUGUCCAUCGGUAGGCCCCUUUUCGUUCCCUAGCUAUAACGCCAACUGAUGUAUAUUACCAAGAUCAAAUGCUUCCCUGGCCUCUUAAUAGGGUCGCUAGAACACGGGUUUAAUCUUCAAGAUUAAGUGAGUUGAGACUGCCAACUACCAUCCAAAUUAAAUAAGCACUUGCUAA